GUACUUCAUACUGGGGUUUCUACCUGCAGUACUUGGGCGACAUAUCCCAUUCUUCCUUCUCUUUCCAGAAAAAAAAAGUCCCCAUCCUUGACCGACAAGACGACUGGCUGCUGGCAAAUAGAAACUGGCGACCGACGACCGAAAGCGUUUUUUUCUUUUACUCCAAGGAGGAAUAACAGGAUUACCGCCCUCUCGCCUUCUUUCUCCGUGUCAUUUCACUUCUCGACGGGGUGGCAAAUGUCGACCGCAUUCCACUCCGAGCCUGCAAGACCCCUGUCCCCCUUCGUCUCAAGUCUCCCCUCUCUCGCCGACCGCACCAUGUUUGCCUCGACCUCGACUUCAACUACCACUUCGGCUUCGACGUCCUCUGGUUCUGGUGCUGGUGCUGGAUCCACUUCAACUACGACUCGACGUGCUACUACCGCGACUACUACCACCAAUCAGACACCAAUGAUGACUUCGAUGCCCCAAACUUCUGCUCAUUCCAUGCAACAGCCAACAUCAGUCCUGUCUCAAACAAUCUCUGGAAUCUCUGCCACAGGAAGAUCCUUGUCCUCCAUGGUCUCCUCAGGACUACAGCAACCCCGUCACCAUAUCAUGGAGCUGCUGCAUGCCUUCGAUGUCUCGGACUUUGCUUCUUCAGCGCGCAACACCCUGUCGACGACAAGCAGCAUUGUUUUCUCGCCACUCACUGCUCAGGCUGUCAAGGGCGACCUCACAGGAAUUGCUUCGCUGACUGGACUCUCUGGGAUGGCCCCGCACUUGAUGGCAACACAGUAUCUGAGGAGAGCAACAGCCAAUGCUCAGGCGCUUGCUCUCACGGGUUCACGCCAGGAGACUCCAGCACCUGCAGAUCAACUGCUGGCAGAAGGCAUUCCAGACCCAGUGGCAAGAGUGUCAUUAUUCCAGGGAUUCAGAGCGACAUAUCCAGGACAUCAUUCACAUUCAAAGAACGGAAAGAGGAACAAGAGUCAACACAGGAGGAGGAAAAACGGUUUUGGCGAAGUGGACGAGGACGAUCCUAACAGAACAUUCUCAUCGUUGUUGAGCGAGCGAGAACGGACAAUCAAGGAGCAGGUCAAAUUGCAGAACCAGAAGGUAAGGAACCGCAUAUCUGCAUGAUAUCACACAUUUUGUUCUGGAACGAAUGAAAUGAUUGGCAUUCUAACCUAUUGGCGGGGAUAAUUCUGCAGAAUGUUAUUCAAGCAGAGCUGGCACAGGUUGCGGCUUCAAUCGAGACAUUGGCUGCUCGACAAACCGAUCUGGGAUACAAGCUGC